AUGAGUUCCUCCCCUUCCCCCUCCUCCUCCGUCUCCUCAUCUCUCUUCGCUACUAAGGGCACACCGGUGCCAAGAAUUGGGUUGGGACUUGCCGCUCUCGGGAGGCCUGGCUACAUCAACCUGGGGAGGAGCGAGGAACUGAGCACAUCCAGUGAGCGCAGCGUGGAGCUCAUGAAGGAACAAACUUUCCAGGUGUUGGAUGCGGCAUGGGCAUGUGGAGUGAGAUACUUCGAUGCGGCUCGAUCAUACGGUAGAGCAGAAGAAUUCUUGUCGUCUUGGUUGGAAAGCCGAAAGGUUGAGAGUCAAGACGUCUGCAUAGGAAGCAAAUGGGGUUAUCGAUAUACAGCAGAAUGGAGGAUCGACACUGGAGGAGCUCCGCACGAAGUGAAGGAUCAUUCAACGUCGCACUUCUUGAAGCAGCAGCAGGAGACUCUCCACCUCCUCAAGGAUCAUCUUCGCUUGUAUCAGAUCCACUCUGCCACUCUCGAGAGCGGAGUGCUGGAAAACGAGGAGCUCUUGAACGAGAUGAGGAGGUUCAAGGCCGAAAAUGGAGUGGGGCUGGGGCUGAGUCUCUCGGGGACACAACAAGCGCAAGUGCUGGAGGCAGCGCUCAAGAUUCCGAUGGAAGAAGGAGGAGACCUUAGCCAAGGGCGCUUGUUUGACUCCGUCCAGGCCACAUGGAACCUAGCUGAGCAGUCAGCUGGUGAAGCGCUGCACCAAGCACGAGUAGCGGACCUCCAAGUGAUAGUCAAGGAGGCCAUGGGCAACGGACGGCUACUGAAGGGCUCAGCGUCGCCAUCACUCAGGAAGCUCGCGGAUCACAUGGGGUGCUCACCAGAUGCUCUUGCCCUGGCAUGCGUCCUUCUCCAGCCCUUCCAACCCCUCGUGCUCUCUGGUGCUGCCACACCUGACCAGAUGAGGUCAAACUUCGAAGCGGUCAGCCUGUCUGCAAGUAUUCAGGCAGACCCAAGCAAGAUGUCUCUUGUCCAAUCUCUGAUGAACGAGGUGCGAAUGUCACCCGACGAGUACUGGAAUGAGAGGUCCCAGUUGAAAUGGAACUGAUGCCGGCAUUGUCAUUCUUUGUUGGCGUCAAAACUAUUGUGCUCCUGGGUGCUUCAUCCUGUACGUGUCUAGAACAAACGGAAAGUGGAAGG